AUGUCCUCUCGAAUUCUCCAAGAUGCGGGUAUCUUGGAACUUCUCAACUGCCUGAGAUCCUCGAACGCCAGCGACUCGAACGAGCAGGACGAAGCUUCACUCAACGCCAAUUGCCCCGAGCAAGUCAUUCGCGACACCUGGAACCGCCUGCACGACGUCAGCCUACUCGACUGGCCAGCCUUUAUCAGACAGCAGAUCCCCCUGACCUCUCUCAAGGUCAUUCUUCAUGCCAUCCACUCAGACGAUUGGGCUCGCGCUGCCACCAAGUCCCAGCUUACGGGUCGUCUCCUCACACUCUCUGUUCGAUUUGGGCUGGGGACAAGAGUUCAAGAACCGUGGCUUCUCUUCCUCUACCUUGGCCAAACGGUACCGUUGAGUCUUCGUCUCGUCAAGAAACUCAACGCGUGGCUUACUGCCAAUGAGCACAUCGAUACCAACCUCGUUCUCCCUGCUAUCACGGAACAAUCCAUUCGCCGUCAUGGCCGCCAAACCCAGUCGCCUUACGCAGUCUUCGAAGUCGACGUCGACAGAGCAAUACAGUACUUGAAUCAGCAUCAUCCGCGAUCCAGUGCCAGUGUCUCCACCCCUACUCCCUCUCACCGCCAAACCAACGGAACCACACCCGAGAGAAAUGAGGCGAGAAGUGAUCCCAACGGCAGUGUUGAUGGCAAUGUUGCACGCAACGGGCAGCGCGUUCUGCGACCUCGAACAUUCAGCCAGAGAGAUGAUACAGAAGAGCAAGAUGAGCAUGAGGCUAACUCCAGGAGGAGAGUCCGCCGCCUCCCUCGUGACUCAAGUGAAAGCUCUACAGCCACACCAGAGGCUGGCCGACGUGUAACCCAAAGUACAUCAAUCAUGACACCUCUUGGAGCCCCUGACAUCUCCCUCGGAAGAGUGGAGUCUCCCUUGAUGAACUUUUCUGGGGGGCACAGGGGACGUCAGAGUGCGGAUAGUGCUGGCAAUGUCGGGUCACCAGGACUGGAAGCACGUCUCAAUGCCCUGAGAACUCUGAUUCAGUUCGGACCAGCUAUCGAGAUCACCGGCAGCGACCCGAUGGCUCAUCAGACACGAGGCUUGUUUGACUCGAUCACUCAUCUUUCGCAGCUUGCACUCGCCGCAUUUGGGCAAUUAGAGCAGCAGGACAACCAACGAAGCACCUCGAGUUUCUCAGAUCGAACGUCGCGCUGA